AUGUCCACCCCUCAAGAAAUAUGUGAUAUGGUGGUGCAGGCGGUGAAGCAGAUAACGGGUGAAAGCAGCAACUCUGUUAAGCUCAAGCAACCCCAUGAGUACUCUGGUGAACGUGAUGUUCGCAUUAUUGACAACUGGUGCUCUGCUAUUGAGACACACAAGGAUUUCUAUGGCUGGGGUGAUGACAAGGCCUUCAUCUUUGCAAGUACUCUAAUGGCUGGUCGUGCUGCUGAAUGGUUGCGUGUGUACAAGGAGUAUCAUCCAAAUGAUGCGCCCAAGACCUGGACUGCGUUGAAAGCAGAGCUGCUUCAAAACUUUAGGCCUGCUAGAAGUGUGGAUGAUGCACGCGAUGCUCUUGAUUCUCUUGUUCAAACUGGCUCAAUGCAAGAAUAUUGCGAUAACUUCAUGGAUAUUAUCAUGCUCAUUCCCGGUAUGACACAAGAGGAACAGUGCCAUCAAUUCAGAAAAGGCAUACAAGACAUGGAACUCCAGGCUCAACUGCGUGAUUACCAACCAGCACAGAGAAAGAUCCAAACAUACUUUACCCAUGCAUUGAACUAUGCAGCUACAAGACCUCAUUUGGGUAGUAGUGGCACCUCUUCUUUCCCCUUUGGUGGUAAUCGUGGCAUGGUAGUAACAAGAGGUGCUCAACAACAAGGUUAUUCGUAUGGUACUGGUGGUGGUGGUGGUACUCAAGGUGGUGUUGAACCCAUGGAUCUUGAUGCAAUGACUGGUCGUGGUAAUAGCUCAACUGUUGUAUGUUACUUUUGUAACAAGCCUGGUCAUGUCAAGAGACACUGCCGUGAACGUAUCGAGGCUAUUCGCAAGCUGGAUAACACUCAUCGCUACAACAACGGUGGUUCUGGUUCACCCAAGGGCAAGAAGAAGCAAUUCUACAAGAAGCCAAGGGGACAAUUGAAUGCUAUGGACAAUAGUAAUGAUAGCCCUCCUCCCACUGCUCAUGAUGACAAUGAUGAUAAUAAAUUGAACACCACUUGUGAACACUAUGUGAAGGGAUCUUCAUUGAGUCAUAAGAAAACCAAGUGUCAAUUAGUAACAGCCAAAAUGGUUGAGCCUUUGUCAGCAAGGCUUGACAGUGAUGUCCCUCACCUUGAUCAACUUAACUCGGCCACAAGCUCCUCUUCUUGUGAUUUACCCUUGUAUGGCGGCUUUGCCUACUCUCAUGGCGGUGAUCGUCAUGUUCCAGUCAAAGUGUUGGUGGAUAGUGGUGCCAGUGAAUGCUACAUCAAGCCAAGCAUUGCUCAACAGCUCGAAGGUAUCUGGUCUAAGGUUGACAGAGAAGUGGAGACAGCUGGUGGCACUGUGCACAAAAUCACAGACAAACUUGAUUAUGUUCUCAACCUUCAAGGUUACAAGGUACCUGUAUCGUCCUUUGUAUAUGAUUCCAAGUUUGACAUUAUCCUGGGUAGAUCUUGGCUAAAACAACACAAGCCUCAGUUUAACUGGGAUAACGAUACACUUACCUUUUAUGACACAACUGUUGAAAACAUGGUGGCCAAGUAUCUCAUUACCCCUAAACAAGUUGACAGAUUGUUGAAACACAAGGAAGCAGAGGUGUAUCUGUUGCAUGUUUGUGAGGACCACAACAAGGAGGUGCAAAUUACUAUGAGCAUGGACACUGAGUGGAAAAAGCAGCUUAGUCAAGAGUAUCCUGGUGUUUUCCAAAGCAAGCUGUCUGGUGUACCGUCUACACAGGAGGUGGAGCAUGUAAUUGACACCGGUGACGCAGCACCCAUCAACAAGCCGGCAUACAAGAUGAGUCCUUUGGAGUUGGAUGAGCUCAAGAGACAGCUGAAGGAACUGCUUGCUGCCGGUAUGAUUCGUCCUAGCACGUCGCCAUGGGGUUCGCCUGUUCUAUUUGUCAAGAAAAAGGAUGGUUCUAUGCGCAUGUGUAUUGACUACCGAGCUCUCAACAAGGUGACAGUGCGUAACACCUUUCCACUGCCUAGAAUUGACGAAUGCUUGGAUCGUUUGAAGGGUGCAUCCUAUUUUUCUUGCCUGGAUCUCAAAAGCGGCUACCACCAAAUCCGUAUUAAGGACACCGAUAUUCCCAAAACAGCGAUAAAUACUCGAUAUGGUAAAUUUGAAUGGUCCGUACUAGGAAUGGGGUUGUGCAAUAGCCCACCUACCUUUCAAGCUUGGAUGAACAAACUGCUGGGCUACGAGUGCAUUGACAAGUUCGCGUUGUGCUACCUAGACGAUGUAUGUAUCUUUAGUCCCACUUUGGACUCCCACAAGAAGCAUAUCAAGAUUGUGCUGGACAAAUUCAAGGAGGCAGGAUUGAUCGUCAACAUUGACAAGUGUCGCUUUGCACAGCAAAAACUGGUGUUCCUGGGAUUCGAGAUUUGCCAGCAUGGCAUCCAACCCUCUGCGCAGAAGGUCAAGGCUGUCCAAGAGUGGCCAACGCCGUCGAACGUGCAGGAGGUUCGCCAGUUCAUGGGUCUUGCACAGCAUUACAGAAGGUUUAUCAAGGCGUUCGCUCACAUUGCAGCACCACUCACGAAUCUGACACAAGGUUCUGGCCCAAAAAAGAGAGCGAUCGAAUGGACGGAUGCGUGUGAGUCAAGCUUCCAGCAACUGAAGCAAUUACUUAUCUCUGCACCUGUGCUCAUGGUCCCUGACAUGUCAAAGCCCUUCAGGAUUGAGACCGAUAGCAGCGACUUUGGUGUUGGCGGUGUGCUAUUACAGCCUAGUGAUGGGGACAGCAAGCAAUGGCAUCCAGUGGCAUUCGAGUCAAAAAAGCUUUCCUUAGCAGAGCAGAAGUUACCAGCACAAGAAAGAGAGCUCAUUGGUAUUGUGCACGCGUUACGUACCUGGCGUUGUUACAUUGACGGUUGUCCUGGCGGCUAUGUGGUGUGUUGUGAUCACAACCCUUUGACUUAUUUCCGCACCCAACAGAAGCCUACGCCUCGUCUGGUCAGAUGGAUUGCCGAUUUGGAGAUGUUUGCUCCCAAGAUUAUAUACAAGCCUGGCAAGGAGAACGUCGUGGCGGACGCUCUGUCUCGUAUUGGUGAUGCCUCCCAAUCUGCCAAGGAAUCUUUGGAGCCCCUUUACCUGUAUGCGUCAUGGAGUCAAUUGCCCAAGGAGUUGCAAUCUGACUGGCCUUUGUUGUAUGCUGCUGGCACGGAUGACAAGGUAAAAUCCAAGGAGCUCAAGGCUAUGCUGAAGCGAGAGAAGCCCAACUUUACCAUCAAGAAUGGCCGUUUGUUCCGUAUCGUCAAGCACAAGGAGGCAGACAAGCCAGCGUUGGAGGUUCCCUUUGUUCCCUUUUCUCAAAGAGCAGAUUUGGUGUCCAAGUACCACGAGAGCUUUGGCCAUGCUUCGGUCAGAAACUUGAUGCAUCUAAUGGGAAAGCGUUACUGGUGGCCACGCAUGAAAACGGAUAUCACAGAGUGGAUUGCCCCUUGUCCAGCAUGUCAACUCAACAGCAAGAAGGUGGCCAAGCAUCAAGACGAGAUGCAUCCUUUGCCAAUACCUGUGGGUGCCUUUGAGCGUUGGCAUCUAGACUUUGUUGGAGAACUGCCACACACUGGGAACGGUAAUCGCUGGUUGAUUACAGCUGUGGAUGCCACCACUAACUGGCCAAUUGCGUGUGCCUUGCCAGAAGCGACCAAGGAGGCUGUUGCGCAGUUCAUAUACAAGGAGAUUGUCACUCGUUUUGGUUGCCCCGUAGAGUUUAUUACAGAUCGAGGCGCAAAUUUCUGCAGCGAACUAGUGCAAGAGUAUGUCAAGCUACUGGGUAGUCAUCACAAGCUGACUAGUGCAUUCCAUCCACGCACGAAUAGCAAGGUUGAGCGCUACAAUGGUACAGUCAAGGAUAUGCUUCGCAAGUACGUGCAAGGCGCUCUUCAUCGAUGGGAUGAAUAUGUGGAUGUUGCCGUCUGGGCGUCUCGUGUAUGGAAAAAUGCGACUACAGGCUAUAGCCCCUUCUUUUUGGUGUAUGGCAGAGAGCCUCGCUUACCUGGUGAUGCCAUUAUUCCAUUCAUCUCUAACGAGUCCAUGCAAGAUCCAAGAACAGUGGCAGACAUUACAGCAAGGGAACUCGCAGCACUGGGUCAGCAUAGAGCAGCUGCACAAGCAAGAAUGAAGGCGGUGUCGGAUAAGGACAAGGAGCGUUGGGACAAGGCCAUGAGCAUGGUGGACUAUGAAGUGGGCGACCUGGUUUUGUUGACACAUGAGGGCAAGUUUGGACUGGAGCCACGUUUCAAGGGUCCCUAUAUCAUUACUCAAGCAUUUGAUGAAUAUGGUACUUACCAAUUGGAGACAAUGGCUGGACAGAAGCUGGAGUCCUUAGUGCAUCGUGACAGACUCAAGAGGGCAAAAGGUGACAAGCCAGAUGAAGCAUGGUAUGAUCCUACAGCAAGUCGUCGAUUGGUCAAGGCAGCAACAUCGUCUCGUAGUGGCAGAUUGCCCAAAGCAUCAUUAUCUUCUGGUAGGAAAGGAGGGGGUGGUAGCUAUCCUGCUACAACUGGUUACGUCAAUGUGGGUCGAAGUAAUGAUGCCACACCUCCACCUAUCUCUAUUACAGCCUCAAUGCCUGACUCGUCUACAUCAAAUGUUGGUGUCCCUACUACGAAUGAACAGGAUCCUGAGCUAUCUAGCAGCAUGUAUGGCAGCCAAGAGGGUGUGUCACUAUUUGUCGACAUGACAGAAAGCUUACCUGAGAUCGUGGUGACCCAUCAUGUGGAGCUUCAACAACAAGAACAAGCAGAAAUGUCGGAUGUUGGUAGCGAUGGCAACUCUAUAAUAGAGGAAGACCAGAAUGAGUUGAGGCAUGUUGUGGAUGCGUAUGACGAUAUUUCAUCAUACGAAGAAGAGUACGACAGUGCAAUGUCAGAUGUAGCCAGUAAGGAACAAAAAAGGGAGGAUCGAGCCAUCAUCAAGAAUAUGAUAGAAGGAUAUGAUGAUAUAUCCUCAGCAGAUGAAUUCGAUGUUGAUAUACUGGAGGACGAUAAUAUUGAUAGAGUACAUGUCACCAGCGAUGAACAGCAUGAAGUCGCGUUGGAAGAGGCAGUGAUUAGUGAUGGCGACAUCUCUUUGCACACUGCUGGAAGUGCCGAGGUAUCAUCAACAACAAAAGAAAAAGAGAGAGUGCAAGAGGAGCAACAAGAAAAAGAUGAAACUGCUGAUGCUAAGGUGUCGACAAAGAAGGAUGCAACACAGCAAGGUGAUUUAUUAGCAAGCAGUAGUCAUAGCAACCAGCCAGAAAUCAAUCGUCAUGGAUACAAAAUGCAAGAUAUUAGUAGUCAGGCUGGUGCAAGUAGCUGUCAUGACGACAAAAUGGAAAGAACUGAUAGCCAUGGAGACAAGAUGAAGGAUAAUAGCACCACUGAAGGUGGCGACAAGAUGGGAUCCAGUGGUUCAGCGCCGAAAAGAAUUUCGCCAUUUGCUUUUGUGGAAAAACAAUCCAAGAAACCACUUUCAUGGCAGAAAUUUCGAGGUACAGAUGAUUCAAUACAUCAGAACGAAGACACUGUGGGGCCUUUAGCAACUGAUUCAGAGGAUGUUGAGGGACCAACAUCAGUUUCAAAGGGGGAUAAUGUCAUUGACAUGUUUGAUGGGUUGGUACCUGAAGCCGUAUUGCGACACAACGCCAAUAAGAGGCGAGUGUUUAAGCCAACCAUUCCGGUCCGCAGACAAUUUAGAAAGAAGCAGAAGCUAACGGUAGUGACUGAUGUCAGCCGUAAUAUAUAG